CUAACAACAAAACAACAAAACAUUAGGACAGCCCACGGUUGAACAUGGAGGAGCCCGAUUCGAGUUGCGAUGAAAAUACCAAAUCUGGGUAUGUUAGAGUACGACUUGGAAUUCCAGGAUUGCAAGUCAGCUCCAACAAAGUGGCAACAAACGCCGAGAUAACGAAAGAAUUUGGAAAACGGUCUUACAGGAUUAGAGUUGACUGUGGUGGGACGACUUACGAAAAAGCAAAAGCAUGGGAUGAAGUUCCAUUCGACAUUGUUCCUGAACAGUCGUUCAUCGAGGUGGCCAGAAACUUCAUCCACGUAUUCCUAAAGAAACAAAAUCCUGGAAAAAGCUGUGCACAAUAUAUGUCAAAUCAUGAUUUGGAUUAGUUCGGAUACAAACGUCACUCGGUUUUUUUCUGUUUUCUGUUAUGUGAACUCGCUAACUUUGCCUAUUCUGUGAUUCUUGACAUUUACGAACAAUAUUUGUCUAAUCUGGUAUUCUUUUUGUUAACGUAGGAGAAUAGUAGGUCUACUACAUGUAUAUAAAAUUAUAAAAGCAAAUUCAAUAAUAGAUACCUCAAACCCAUUGCAUGCGGUUCGAGAGGAUUUUGGAUAGAUAAGUUAACAGCUUGAUAAAUAGUGACCGACGACGGUGGGGUGGGGUGGGAUGAGGCCAUGUUGUCCUACAAUUAUUAUUAUGUUUUAAUUGUUGGUAUUUUAAGUACAUUCUUGGACAUUCUAAGUGGGAUCUUCUAGAAUAUUAAAACUGGAUUGGGGUUUAAAAAGACAUGAGGGUCACAACUCCUCUACAUUUCGGAAAGGUCAGCAUCGAGUAACAUUCGUCCAUUCUGUUUCAGAUACCCUUUUUAAAAAGUAUUAACAAUGUUAAAGGGACAUACCCUAGUUUCAAACUGUGAAAAUUAACACUAAGUUUAGUUAAUGUACAAACCUGUAACACAUUUGGAUAAAGUUACAACAGUGAAACAUGA